AUGCCUGAAGAUGCUGCUGCUGAUAUAAACUGUGCUCACAUCGUCCAAAGCUCGGUGAUAGUAGAGAGGCCUCCACAGUACCAACCAGCAGUAGAGCCUUUAGUAGCUAAAUACCAACAAAUGAAGGCAACUAUCAAAAAUGAACGGAGUGUCUACAAUGAUUUCGAACUUGCAGCUGAAAGUAAAAAGGAUGAAAUUAUCAAAGAAAGGAAACAGAAGUUUCCACCUAAGAACAAGUAUGAUUUACCCCAAUACUUUUCCUCUGCAGACGAAAAGGCUCUGAUGGACCCUGUUCAGAAUGACGAUUACCUUCCACUAAAACCCCAAGGAACGUCAAAUGAAGACAAACAAUCGGUCCAUCUCAUUAAACCAUAUUCAUCAGUUUUCUUAAUCGUAAAAUCAGAUGACGGCUGGACAUUUCCUCACAAAAUGGUGGAGACAGAGAAGUCAUUAGAGGAAGCUGCUGUAGCAGCAGUGGAAUCUCAUCCAUCUAAUCAAAACCUCAAACUCCAAGUCUCAAGUGGAUUACCCAUAAGUGUGCAUGUGAAUAAAUACAGUAAUAAAUAUCAGGAUCGUACCAACCGUACGGGGGUCAAAACCUUUUUCAUGAAAAGUAAAUAUAACGGUGGGAACUUUACAGGUGAAUCAUUUAGAUGGUGUACUAAAAGUGAACUCAAAGAUUUUGUUCCGAAGGAUGUGCUAAAAUGUGUGGAGCCUUGUUUGAAGUGA